GACAUCGACGGCGACUGAACGUACCUCCUCUUCCUCCGAGCUGAUGGUCUCUACUCCCGUCAAUCAAGGAGAAGACGAGGGACAGAUGGCUGCAGCCGCCGGCGUGGCUAUCGCUCUGAUGGGUGUCGUGGGCUUCGUGGCUGGCAUUCUUUGCCUGCUACCUGCCUGUGGGGUGGCCUAUGGCAUGAAGGAAGGCCGCGCUCCCACGCGGGUUGGCGCUGCACCUGGUUCUUCGGCGUCCAAGGUCGGUGAGGCCUUCAGCGAACGUUCGCCAGAGGAGCUGCAGGGCAGCCUCUCUCCCUCGAACUUGCGCGGCGGCAGGGCCUUGCGAACCUUGCGGCGGGCAAUGACCCAAUCCCAGCGCACGCAGCAACGACUGGAUCUCCGACACGUGGACAGCUUGGCGACGUUCCUGCCACAAGCACAGCCCCAUGCACAGCAUGCACAGCCUGAAGCUGAGCCCGAAGUCACGGAGGUCACGGAGGCCUGGAGCAGCUGGGCCCUUCGGAGCACGGCCCAUGGCGAACGCGAGCCUCGGCCAGGGCUUCAGGGCCUCCAAAGGCCGCAGAGGUCCGGGCGCAACCUGCCGGGUGUGGUGGCCGCAUGUGAGCUGGAGAUGGAUCUGGUGGACGUGUAG